AUGCAGCAGACGGCACUGGACGGCUCGGACGCCACCGCGCAGCGCGAGAUCGCGCUGUCCCUGAAGAUGCUGUUUGGCGGCAUCGACCUGGACCCCACCGACCGCUUCCUGGCCGCCUUCCUGGUGUCGGAGGCGCAGCACCGGCAGCGCAGACGGCACGCCACCGCCAUGCUGGAGGCGACGGGCCUGGUCCCGGCCCCGCGCUCCCGCAACCGCCUGCUGGGCUGGCUGGGCGCGGGCGGCGGCGUGCGGCGCGGCCGACUGGGUGGCAUCGGCCCCGACGCCGUGGCGGGGGGCGUGGGCGCUGAGGCCGUGGCGCGCCUGCCCUCAGCCGGCUGCCUCGGUAACGGCGACGCGGGGAUGCCGGGCCUGUGCGGCGGCGCGGAGAAGGAGGGCGCAGGGGCGCCGCUGCUGCCCAUCGUGGGCCUGCGCGCCGCGGCGGCGGUGUACACCGGCGCGCAGCGCCCCGUGGAGCGCGCCGUGCUGGAGCGCGCGCGCCUGGUCUCGCGCUUCGCUGUCGGCGCCUAUGCGCUGCAGGGCGUGGUGUGGAACCGCGGCGUGCGCCCCCCUGCCUGCAUGGGCAACCUCAACAUGCUGGUCAAGUGCCUGCGCGGGCCGCUGCGCUUGGAGCCGGCGCUGCGCCGGCGCAACCUGGAGGCCAUGCUGGGCGUGGCGGGGAUCGCGCGGGGGGACCUGCUCCACGUCUCCUACGCCAACGCGCAGGGCGGGGCGCUGCCCUACGCCAUCGCCCUGCACCGCGAGUCGCGCUCCGUGGUGCUGGCCCUUCGCGGCACGGUGACCAUGGAGGACCUCAUCACCGACCUGCUCUCCGCGCCCAUCGACGUGUCGGAGUGGCUGCCGGACUGGGUGCUGGACGCCAACGAGGGCGGGAAGCCCCUCUACGCCCACGCCGGCAUCGUCUCCUCCGCCACCGCCGUGCUCCAGGACCUGGACGAGCACGGCCUGCUCAAGGAGCUGCUGCUGGCGCGGCUGGAGCACGCGGCGGGGACCCCCGCCGAUGACAUCACAGAGGAGCGCGGCGCUUGCACGGGCCCCGCAGCGCAGCGCAUAAGCGGCGCGGAGCCGCCGCCGCUGUCGGUCGCGCGCGCCAUCCUGCGCAGCAAGCGCGGCUGGCGCGUGGUGGUGACGGGGCACUCGCUGGGUGCGGCGGUGGCCUGCAUGCUCUCCUUUCAGCUGCGCGACCAGUUCCCCGACCUGGAGUGCUGGGCCUUCAACCCGCCGGGCGGGCUGCUGAGCUGGAACCUGUCGCGGCUCGCGCGCCGCUUCUGCACCUCCGUCGUGGUGGGCAAGGACGUGAUCAGCCGCCUGUGCUUCAGCAACAUGAAGCGCGUGGUGGACGAGAUGGUGCUGUCCCUGGCGCGCUGCCGGCGCCCCAAGCUCAAGGUCACUUCCUGCCCCGUACACGAGCUGUCGGACGAGGUGCUGCGCCGGCUGGAGAAGUACCACGCCACCUCCCACCUCCACGCCGCCAGCCAGCCGGAGCUGUACCCCCCCGGCCGCCUCAUCUUCCUGCGCCCCUUCAAGGGCCAGGGCGUGGCUCACACCUGGGACGCGGUGUGGGUGGACGCCGCCACGCUCAUGGGCGAGGGCAUCCUGCUGGCGCCCUCCAUGCUGGCGCACCACCGCAUGUUCACCCUCGCCGACGCCUUUGCCGAGGUGCUGCGGGAGGGGCACGAGGCUGCGCUGGAGGAGCUGAGCACCGACCCCGACACCCCUUGCUGA